AUGGGGAAAAAUACAGUUCUGUUUUCGGCAUUAAAGGCGACCUUACCAAGAAUUCGGAUUAUUUUUAAAUAUUUUGCAGUGAUGGCAUUAAUUUUCAUAUCUACUGGGAUGAUCGUCCAGUUUCUCGAAAAAAGGGUAUCAAAAGUUAAUGAUGCCACAGUACGUGAAAAGUCUCCUUCUUCUAGGGGAUCAAACACGACGGCAACUUCAACAGUCAAAGCAACACCACAAACAGAUCUAUCUGUAGAAGGUCCAAUUGUAAAUCCACAUCCGUUUCGUUAUCUUUUGAAUCCCGAGACUUUCUGCAACAAAAAGGAUAUCUUCAUCAUAACAUAUGUUCACAGUGCACCGGACCAUUUCGAGAAACGAGACGCAAUUAGACAGACAUGGGGGAGCAGGAAGUAUUAUCUGAACAAAAGGGUUGAGGUAGUUUUUAUUCUGGGACAAGUGGCAGAUAUAGGAGUGAUGACGUCAGUGAGGGAGGAGUCUGAUCUCCAUGGCGACAUAGUCCAGGAGGAUUUCGUCGACAGUUAUCGUAACUUGACCUACAAGGCGGUCGCUGGAUUGAAGUGGGUGUCCACGUUCUGUAGACAAGCUGUGUAUGUUUUAAAAACAGACGAUGAUAUUUUUGUUAAUUUUUACGUCUUUAUCAGAUAUAUACUGCCAACUGUUGAAUUUCGAUACGGAAGUACAAGAUUGAUUUUAUGCCAUGUCUGGGUGAACAUGCCAGUGAUACGUGACAAAAAAUCUAAAUGGUAUGUGUCUAAAGAAGAUUUCUCACCGUACCAUUUUCCGCGAUAUUGUUCCGGUUGUGCCUAUUUGAUGAGCUCUGAUGUCACAGAGAGAUUGUACAGGACAUCAUUGACCACUCCGUUCUUCUGGGUGGAUGAUUAUUACAUCACUGGUUUGCUUGUACACAAACUGAACAUCACGCACAGACGAUACAACUCUAGGUAUAUUUUUUACUCUUUCCGUUUUAAGAAACAGUUAAAAAUUAAUAAAUACUAUGGUGCUGCUGUCUUCAUUCUAGACAGGUUUCAAAGAAUGUUCUUUCUAUGGAACACCGUAAUCGCAAGGGAAAAAGCAAGGCGGUACCGAGAACAUUUCAAACAUUGA